UCCAAAACCAUAUGACAUGUUGUUGAGUUUUGUCGCCCGACACGUCAACUCGCUUGUCACUUUUGCCCUCAAGGAGCACGGAGUUUAUUUUAAGUAGUCUUUUUGAAGCUUUUGAGGAUGCACAGCUCUCAGAAGGACACCACAUACACCAAGAUCUUCGUCGGAGGUCUUCCUUAUCACACCACAGACUCCAGCCUCAGGAAAUACUUCGAGGUGUUUGGAGAAAUCGAGGAGGCAGUGGUUAUUACUGACAGACAGACCGGCAAAUCCAGAGGAUACGGCUUCGUGACGAUGGCUGAUCGGUCUGCAGCAGAAAGAGCCUGUAAGGACCCGAAUCCCAUAAUAGAUGGCAGAAAAGCCAACGUAAACCUGGCAUAUUUAGGGGCAAAGCCACGGAUCCUGCAGCCAGGAUUUUCCUUUGGUGUCCCUCAGAUACACCCUACGUUUCUCCAGCGGCCUUAUGGAGACAGCGAGGAUGAUCAUUCUCCAUUACUGUAUCCUCCUCCUUUCCGCCAGGUCAUGAGGAUUCCUGCUCAUUAUGUGUACCCGCAGGCGUUUGUUCAGCCCAGUGUGGUGAUUCCUCACGUUCAGGCGUCCUCCAGCUCUCCUGCAGCCGCCGCGACUCCGUAUCUGGACUACAGCAGCGCGGCGUAUGCACAGUACACCACUGCCGCAGCAGCAGCCACAGCGUAUGAGCAGUAUCCAUACGCUGCUUCGCCCGCCGCCACCGCAGGAUACGUCACCACCGCCAGCAGCGGUUACGGCUACGUGCAGCAGCCACUAGCAUCUCCAGCACCCGCAGCCACCGCCGCCACAUUCGGCCAGUACCAGACACAGACAGAGCGCAUGCAGUGAGAGAUGCAGAGACUCAGUGCUCAUCUUUUAUGUGAGGUAUUUAAUAUUUAUUGCAGAAGGGAAAUCAAGCAUAAUGCAUCGCUUUGGAAAAUAUUAUAGGGAAAGCCUUUUAUAGUGUUGUUUUUGACAUUGCAACAUAAAAUUGGACCUAUUUUGAUUAUUUAUGCUGUGAAAAGGUGAACUCAUGUUUGGAUUUAGAGGUGAAAUAAUGCAUUAACAGCAGUGCGCAUGAAUAAUAAAUGAUAUAAUAAUGCUUUACGCAAUUUGCAUUGAUAAUAGUGCAAUUAUUUACUAUUUAUUACAGAAACAAAAGGUAAAGCUUAUCAAACAUGAUGCAUCAUUUAGAAAAUAUCAGGAAAAACCUUUAUAGUGUCAUUUACUUUCAUUGCCACAUAUAAUUAGAUUUUUAAUGUUGAUUAUUAAUGCUGUGAAAAGGGUAAAUGGCAAAAUAA